CUUGGAACCUAUGGGAGCCGCAUCCCAUUGUGACGCGUGGGGUUCUGUUAAAUUGUUACUGAGCAGGAGAAUGCCUGAACCCUGAGAGUGGAAGGAGACAGGAGGUGGGGGGAGUGAGAGUGAAAAAAAGUGUCUCAUAUACAGCUUUGUCUGAGAUUUCAUCACAGACUCUUUAUGACUGAGGAGGAUGAAUGCAUUGGGAAUACUGAGCAAGACAAAGCAUCUGGGGCACACUUGAAUUUGCUGCCACAGAAGACAUAUAGAAUGUUGCUUCUUUCUAAGAGACUUGAAUUCUGCCACGUGUGGGAUGAUUAUGUUUUGUAAAGAGAGCUGCCUCACUUAAGUUUGUAAAAGAAAGAAGAGUGUGCUGCAGACACAGCUACUGUUUUAUAGUAGGAAGAGUGUGGGGAGGAGGUCCCAGACUAUUGGUGUCUGUGAUGAAGAUGAGGGGCUGGGUGCGGAGAAGCACACACUGAUAGCUGCAGGAGACGUAGUCAUAUUUGUCUAGUUGCUUUCUCUCUGGAUCACUGAUCGUCCUCACUCACUAGCCUGCGUUGGCAAUGACAGCAGUCGCUUACAUGGACGUCGUUGCAGCCCAGUGCCUGGUAUCUAUUUCUAACCGUACAACUGUUCAGCAGCACCCUGAGGAAGAGGAUCAGGACCUGAGUUCUACACAGUCCGCCGCUGAACUAAAGAAAAUGCCUGAACAAGAGCAGACCCUUAAGGCAGUGUCAGAGCAAGGGGUAGGCAAGGAGCACCACGAGGGACCGGCAGAAGCAUGGAAGGAUUAUUGCACCUUGCUGACUAUAGCAAAAAGCUUGCUAGAGUUAAACAAGUACCGACCACUGCCUUCCCCAGUGUACAGUCACAGUGAUGAGGACAUGUGCUCGGACAGUGAUAUAACCACUGAGUCCGCGCUCAGCUUCAGCCCAUCGCACAGCCCGGGCAGUAGCUGCAGCAGUUCCACUACACCCAGCCAUAUGGACUACAGCCCUGAACCCGGCUCCAAGCAGCCACUCCCACAGGACCCGCCCAUCUCCCCGACACGCCCUCCCAGCGCAGACACGCCCCCUGUGAGGUCUUGCAAUGAGAAGAGGCACAGGUGUCCCUAUACUGGCUGUGGCAAAGUGUAUGGUAAAUCUUCCCAUCUCAAAGCCCAUUACAGAGUCCAUACAGGUGAACGUCCUUUCCCGUGCACAUGGCCCGAUUGCCUUAAAAAGUUCUCGCGAUCUGAUGAGCUGACUCGCCACUACCGGACACACACGGGUGAGAAGCAGUUCCGCUGCCCCCUUUGUGAGAAGAGGUUUAUGAGGAGCGACCACCUGACCAAGCAUGCACGCCGUCACACCGACUUCCACCCCAGCAUGAUAAAAAGGUCCAAAAGGUCUAAUUCAUCUUUUAUCUGAGUACAUAGUCCUCAAGUAAACUUGCUGUUAAACCAGAAAAUUACUCAGCUGCUGUACAUAUCACCUUCUUGCAUCUUUUCAGAGGAAAUGUAGCAUUCAUGCUUCUACAGCAGUGUAUUAAAAAGCUGCUGCCUGAUUUGUUUUCUUUAUGGUGGCACACAAAUCUAGAUAUUUUUUGUUGUGGUGUGAUUUGUACCAUCACGGUUUUGACCAUAAGAUCUUUUGUGCUUGCUCUGGCAUGAAUAUGUGUUAAUGAAAUAGAAAACACAAUGGAUUAGCUUUACAUUUUAAGAAAAUACGUUUAUGUGAACAAUUGCAACCUCUAUAUAAGGGAAUUCACUUUUUUGUUGAGAUGAAACCAUAUGGUGUGAAAAGCAAGAAGUAUAGUGAGUACUUGAAUUAAGGAGAGCUGAUUUCUAAUGAAAUUGUCUUACAAUAUAUAUUAGACCUGUGUUUUAUGGUUAAUGGAAUAUUAGUCUCCUACUGAUAUGAACCUUGACUGUUUUCACAAAUUGAAUGUGACUAAAAUAAUGGUGCAUUUUAUAGAAGCUGCACCACUCUUUGCAAACUUUGUUUGGAAGAAGAUAAGGAACAUGAAGACGAAAGCAUAUUAAGCAAAGCAAAGACUAACAAGGCAUAAAAGAUGGUACUGAGUGCUGCUUUGUAGAGCUCUUAUGUAUGUAGCCAGUGUCAGCAAUCGUCUACAGGAGGAUCAACAGUUCUUAAGGGAAGAGAUGCUGUGCUCAAUAGUCAAAUUGUAUUGUUUCAUGUGCAGAAUACACACCCCAAUUAUAAGGAACAUUUCCAUGCCCUACUCAACUGAUGGAUAAUUUGUUAGAACGUUUGACUGCAUCUGCCUGAGGAGUAAAAUGCAAUUUAAAAAAAGAGAGUGAAUGAAAGUGUAUGGCUUUACCCUGCAAGUAUAAAGUACUAGUUGAGGAUCAUCAGAAUAUAUUAGUGUUACAGUGCACGUUGUAUUGUGGACAUAGCAGUCACAAGUCAUUCUGCAAAACCAGAAUGUUUGACUCUUCUUUUAGCAGAUAUAAUACCAUCAUUGAUUGCUUCAGCAACUAGGCAUUGGUACAUUGAACAGUGACAACUUGCAACCGUUCUGUGCAGUAUAACAAUACCAGGCAUACAUGCUUAGCAUUUAUUAGUUUCACACUUCUUAGAAGAGAAAUGAUAUAACUGUGACAAAAACAUCACAAGCACAGAUUUAAAAAAACAAAAUUACUUUAAAAGCCUCGCCAUUGUGUCAUUUAGGUUAUUAAAGAUUCAAUUUCACGUUUACAUAACUCAUUUUGGUAGCACAUUGCACCAAGUUGAAUAUUGACUUUUUUUGCACCUUAUGUUUCCAGUGAUUUCACACAAAGCCUUUUUUUUUUCAUACUGAAGGGCUCACAAUAUUCUGUUAGUAGUGUUACAGGCCUCUCCUGACGUGAAGAGGUGAACUAUGCAGCAUUUGGCCACACAGGCAGUUUACAAUAUAAAUGUGUUUGUACUUUUAAACAAAAUGGAUCCAUUCCAGAUAUCACAAAGAGCCCUCAAGCACUCCAGUCACACUGCACUCUACGUGUGCUCAGAUGAAAUGGCAGAGAAGUCUACCAUAAGUCACACUAUAUUAUCUCAUGGCCUAUCCUGUAGGAAUGAGUUUGCUACCUUGCUGCCUUCAUAGAAGAAAACCCAUCAGAUGAAGCAAUGGGGACAUCCUGCUUUACACUCCUUUGCUCACUGAUUCACUUAGCCUUUAAGAACAAUUUUAUUUGUAUGUGAGCAUGAAAUGUAAGCAGUAGCACUAAGCCCUAGUAUACUAAAAUAACACUGAGAAAAUAAUUGCCAACAUUAGACUGUUUUCUAUGGUCAUAAGGGAUUCCUUUUUAUAGUCUUUUAUACUUGAGGGCUUCAAUGCCUCCUUUACUUGUCUUUCAGUGGAUUUUUUUUUGUAAUUUAGAUAAUUUGAGGGGCACACACAAUUCAAACACAAUGAGUAAUGGUUACACUUCAGGAUUUAUUCAUUAUUCUUAUGUGACAAUAUUAUAUAAAAAAAAUAAAACUGUGCAUGGAAGAGCAGGCGUAGCUGAAUAUCGAUGAUGAUGUAGAGUGCAUAAUCAACUAUAAUCCCAUGUUAGUUAACAGUUACAGGAGGUGGAAGUUUGGACGUACAGCACAGUAAUUUCCCUUUAAUUAAAACGGCAAAUCACAUUUGCUAUGUUUUUAUUGCUGUGCAAUUACUUUUUUUCAUAAAGACUAUUGCGAACACAUACUACAAGAAAAAUCUACCAUGAAAAAAGGAAUUUCAGGAAAAAACAUUAACUUUCUACCUCUCUGUUUUUUUUUUUUUGGUUUUCUUUUUUUAAUACAAAGUAAUUCUUCCAUUCAAAAUAGAAAAACAAAAUAAAAACCUUUUUUUUACAGUUACUCUCUAUCUUUGUCUCUCCCCUCCCCUCUGGCCAGUGCAAGAAAGAAAAAUUCUCAAAUUAGUAAACUGUAAAAUUACAAGCAUUUCUGGUUUUGCACAUUGAGUAGAAGAAAAAAAAUACCUUGAGUGAAGCACAAAUUCUUUGCAAUGUCUUACACAAGUAAAAGUCAAGUUUUUUUUAUAUACAUUAAUCGUUCAUUCUAGAGUGUUCCUCAUUGUAAGUAUAAUGUGGUAGACAGUCUGUUUCAUAAGUAAAAUAAUAUCAAGUUGCAAAGGUGUUUGCCAUACAAUUUUGAGCAGUUUAUGAUUUUUAAGUUGUUUCUUUUAAUUGGAUUUUGAGUGGUUACUAAAUACGAAAUAGCUAUAUUAUACUACGGUUUAACACUCUGCAUUUAAAUCAGACAAAAGAUUAACUUUAGUUUAUGUAACAAUAACAAAAAACAACAUUAAUUUUGUGACGUGUGUGUCUUCUACCACCAAAAAAAAAAAAAAAAGAUAUUUUGUAAGAUUUUGCUGUGGCUUUUAUUCUGUAUGCUAAAUUCUGCUCUAUUAUGUUAAAUUCAGAAAUCUUCUUUUUUGAUGUCAACACAAUGCUCAAUAAACAUUCCGUGAAUAGAAACGCCAAUCUUAAUUUAAGAAUGACAAAAGCUAGGCCCAAUAAGUCAAGCAUUAGAUCAGUUUAAUCAAUAUUUCAAUGAUUUUUGUGGACCUACUAAGUGCAGUCAUAGUUAUUACCACUUUCAAAUGUAUGUGUUUCUUAAAAUGAGAUUGGAGAAUUUAUUUAAUUUGUGCCUUUUCUUCCCCAACAUCUGGAAAACAAAUAUUUUCCCCAUUUUUAUACUUUUUGUUCAGUCUAUUUUAAUACAUAGUGAACUGUCUUCAAAAUCAUUAAGCUUUAUUUAUAAGUAACAUGUUGUAUGAUGUCAGUGAGCUCUUCAUAAUAUUACUCUACUUGCUAAGCCAGUGUUUAAAUAUCUUUUCCUCAGGAUAUUAACAAGCCAUGCUUUGCGGGCAUGCUACUAGUGAUACACAUUUGGAGCUUAGUAACCACUGCUCUUCAGACUUUAUUUGUGGCUUCUAAAUAUUGUUUAUUUUUCAAGUUUAACAAUAUAUUUGUUUUUAUUUUUUUGUUUUAUAAAAGUACUUCCUCCCUGGCUCCCAAUAAUUUAGUUUCAAUAAAUCACCAACAUAAUAUUAAUGGGCUCCUUAGGUUAAUUUGUAUUGCUGUGUGCUACUGAACUGAUAUUUUUUAUUUCUAUGCAAAGUUGAGAAACACUAAUUGUUAUUUUAUUUUAGUGUAAUGAUGCAUUAACUCUUCCAAAUUAACCAGAGAGGUUGUCCUUUUAUGAUACAGUGUGAAUUGUUUCAUCCACAGUAGAGUUUGUAGAAUUUUACUUAUUUACUCAAAAUGGUUCAAGAUUUUCAGUACUGAAAAAGUUCAUUAUAAUUUCACUGUAUUGCACAAGGCUUUUUCAGACUUUAAAACUGAUCAUCUCGUCUAUUCUAGUUUUAGAUUUCCCUGCAAUAAAAAAACCUGAUUAUUUUGAAUGAUUAAUUGUAUACAGUUAAGAUUUAAAAGCAUAGCCACUUUAUUGCAGUCUGACUUUUCAUUUGUGUCAGCUAUUAUGGCAGUGAGAGUUAUCUUUUGAAACUUUCUCAUAUUGUCAUGCAGGGGACUGCAUCAUAGUUUCCUAUUGCAACUUAAUGCUAGCCAAAUGGUACUAACAGCUAGCCCUUCAAAGUCAUAUAGUUCAAUGCAUGUAUCUAAGACAAUGUGUUAUCAUACAUUUCUUAUUAAAAUGAGAUCAUCUGUGUGUUGAGACUGAAAAGGUUUAAUUCAUUCUGUUUUGGUACAUUGCCUUGCAGGAAAUCCUGCUACCUGAUAGGAUCAUGAGACAUCUUGGAAAUUUCUCUAUAACUGAUCACUUACCUGCAGUCUUUCAGUUUGGUUGCUUAGCAAGCAUCUGUGCUGAAAGUAAGGUGAGAUGUUAUCAAGUUUAAAUGCAGAUCAAUAACUUGCAAUUUUGUAGCAUAGUCAUUUCUGCAACUGUUUUAAUUUUUACAAUUUUUUUUGUACAGUUUCAUAAGUUAUUUGUGCUGUAUUUCGGUUUCAGAAAGCAAAUGGAAUUGUUUAAAUAAAGGGUACGUCUACCCAUUUUGUACAAGUGUAUAUAUAAAUUGUUCCAGUAAUAAAAUGAAAAAUUAAAAAAAAAAACAA